AUGAAGCCAUCAAUCAGAGUGUAUAAUAGCCUCAAUCAGCGUACAACCGGCACAGACCAGGCUCGGCUCUGUGUCACCGAGACUGAUAGGAGCACUGAUCUGCUGGCUGAAAUUUACGUCUCACUGACUGCACACACAGAGAAGGAGCGCUCCACAUCAUCCACCGUACGUAAUCUGGGAGCUGUGUCGUUAUCAGUUUAUACAAUACAGACAUCUUUAUCGUCACCAGCUGAAAUUUACGUCUCACUGACUGCACACACAGAGAAGGAGUGCUCCACAUCAUCCACCACACGUAGUCUGGGAGCUGUGUCGUUAUCAGUUUAUACAAUACAGACACCUUUAUCGUCACCAGCUGAAAUUUACGUCUCACUGACUGCACACACAGAGAAGGAGUGCUCCACAUCAUCCACCGUACGUAAUCUGGGAGCUGUGUCGUUAUCAGUUUAUACAAUACAGACAUCUUUAUCGUCAACAGCUGAACUUUACGUCUCACUGACUGCACACACAGAGAAGGAGCGCUCCACAUCAUCCACCACACGUAGUCUGGGAGCUGUGUCGUUAUCAGUUUAUACAAUACAGACAUCUUUAUCGUCAACAGCUGAACUUUACGUCUCACUGACUGCACACACAGAGAAGGAGUGCUCCACAUCAUCCACCACACGUAGUCUGGGAGCUGUGUCGUUAUCAGUUUAUACAAUACAGACAUCUUUAUCGUCACCAGCUGAAAUUUACGUCUCACUGACUGCACACACAGAGAAGGAGUGCUCCACAUCAUCCACCGUAUGUAAUCUGCGAGUUGUGUCGUUAUCAGUUUAUACAAUACAGACAUCUUUAUCAUCACUUACUGAACUUUACGUCUCACUGACUGCACACACAGAGAAGGAGUGCUCCACAUCAUCCACCGUACGUAGUCUGGGAGCUGUGUCGUUAUCAGUUUAUACAAUACAGACAUCUUUAUCGUCACCAGCUGAAAUUUACGUCUCACUGACUGCACACACAGAGAAGGAGCGCUCCACAUCAUCCACCGUACGUAAUCUGGGAGCUGUGUCGUUAUCAGUUUAUACAAUACAGACAUCUUUAUCGUCACCAGCUGAAAUUUACGUCUCACUGACUGCACACACAGAGAAGGAGUGCUCCACAUCAUCCACCACACGUAGUCUGGGAGCUGUGUCGUUAUCAGUUUAUACAAUACAGACACCUUUAUCGUCACCAGCUGAAAUUUACGUCUCACUGACUGCACACACAGAGAAGGAGUACUCCACAUCAUCCACCACACGUAGUCUGGAAGCUGUGUCGUUAUCAGUUUAUACAAUACAGACAUCUUUAUCGUCACCAGCUGAAAUUUACGUCUCACUGACUGCACACACAGAGAAGGAGUGCUCCACAUCAUCCACCACACGUAGUCUGGGAGCUGUGUCGUUAUCAGUUUAUACAAUACAGACAUCUUUAUCGUCACCAGCUGAAAUUUACGUCUCACUGACUGCACACACAGAGAAGGAGUGCUCCACAUCAUCCACCGUACAAAGGUCGCGACUACUAUCGGAAAAGUCACGGCUGUCUGAGGGGAAGGUCACGCUGUCUAAACAGAAAGGUCGCGAGUGUCUAUCGGAAAAGUCACGGUUGUCUGAGGGGAAUGUCAUGGCUGUCUAA